CGGCCGCGGCGGAGGAGAGGCGCUGCCCCGCCGUGCCGUGCCGUGCCGUGCCGUGCCGCGGGGGGACAGCCCGGCCCCCUUCCCUGCCUCCGCAUCCCCCCCUGCCAGGGUGGGCUUCGGGGCUGCUGGUGGGAGUGGUGUGCUAGGCAGCGGGGUCCGGGCCAUCCCCUCUGCGUUUGGAGGGGGGUGCUGGAGUGCGGCUCUGGCAGCAGGAGGUAGUGAGCAGGCAGAGAGCUUUAUGAGGCUUUGAUGUCACUGAUUUGGCAGAAGAGUGUGCCUGCAUGGACCUCCUUGCGGAAUUAUAAGGAACAUGGAUUAGAAAGGGUAUGUCCUUACUGCUUCCAGUUCCUGGUUCCUGAUAGCCACCGGGUGCGUCUCAAACCAAAGAUGAAAGUGACUCCACAGAUAGAGAAGAUUCUGAGACGAGAGGCGAAAAACCGCAAACUUAAUAUGAAACAGACAAAGCUUCUAAAAAAGUACAGGGAGUCAAGAAGUGUUCUGCUGGUUACUUGCAAAUCGUGCAACAAAACAACAAGACAUUAUGGUAAAAGCAGGGAUUUUCUGGCUACCAUGACACAAAAUUCUGGCACUCCAAGUAUUAAAUCUACCCUGAGGACACCAGAUGUAAAAACUCAGUCUGCAAACAAAGUGACACCUCUAAGCUGCAGUAGGUUGGGACCUAAAGGGAACAGUCCCUCAUCAUUUCCCAGAACACGUGUAUCAGGGCAGGCAACAACCAGCUCUGCUUCCAGCUCUGCUUCCAAGACUCCCCGAAACUCCAAAUUUCACUUUUCUAAACUGAAACGGAUGCUUGACCUAGAAGAAAAAGAGAAAAGCCAGAAGGCAGAUUUGAAAACCUUUUUGACUUUACUUUAGUUACACGUUAUUUCAAAGUAAUAAAGAUUACAGCAAUAA